AUGGUGCAAGGGAGAUUAGUGAAGCAGAAACUCACCUUUGAUCAGUUACUGAACAAGCAGCCCAGCCCAACAGGCCAACAGGCCACCAGCCCACCACGGCCACGGCACCAGCCCACCAGGCUACUAACCCUAGCGCCCCAACUCCAAGACCCCGGCGGCCCGGCCCCCGCACCGCACGCACACAGCACGACGCCCCGACCCCAGUGCCCCGCCGCCGCCUCCACACCACAGGGCGACGCCCAGCUGGCCCCGCGCCACUGCCCGGCGCCCGGCGCCACCGGCAGACUCCCGCCGAACUCGCCUCCGGGAUGCGCGCUCCGCCUCCGCCGCCGGGAGGCCCGCGCAGCCGCAGGGGUCGGCCUCCGCCCGCGGAGGUGGAGGGGCGCGCAGGAGCAGGCCUCGGCCGCCGUCUCCGGGACUCCCGCGCAGGAGCAGGCCGCGGACGCCUCCUCCGGCAGGCGCAGACUUGGGGCCCCGACCCUCCGGGACACGCGCGGCGGGAUCCAGACUGCGCCGCCGCCCGCCACCGAGCGACCGAGCGUGCAGGAGCAGCCGUGCAGGCCCCCAAGCUCGAGGCGGCGAGGUCCCUUCUCCCCGGCGUCGCUCCCCGCCAUGCAGAGCCCCGGCGACCCUAGCUUCCUCAAGAGUUAA